CCAAAUGGUAGUUUUUAUAGUAUUGAGGUCUGUUUAUUAUAUAAAUACACCAGCUGCUUAUUGUUGUUCUCGUUGUCAUGCCAGGAACACAGCUGGAUUUUGGCAAAUGUCAGAAACUGCUACAGAUUUGUAACCAUGACACCUACUCGCCCAUUGCGUAUAUUGGAACUAUACAGUGGAAUAGGAGGAAUGCAUGUAUCUGCCAAAGAGAGUGGACUGCCUUUUGAGGUAGUGGGCACCUAUGAGAUCAACACAACGGCAUUAGAAGUGUAUCAGCACAAUUUCCCUAAAACGUGCAAGCCCCGCAAUAUUACGGGCCUGAGUCUGGAGGAGUUGAGGGAUAUUAAUCCAACCAUUAUCAUGAUGAGCCCACCUUGCCAGCCAUUUACCAGACAGGGCUUAAAACGUGAUGUGGAAGAUGCACGUACAUCCUCCUUCUUGCAUCUCCUUGGACUUUUAGAAGAGGUCCCUCAGCCACCACAUAUGAUACUCUUGGAGAAUGUUGCUGGCUUUGAAACAUCCCAGGCCAGAGAAAAAUUAAUCAGUAUGCUUAGCAGAAGAAAUUAUGUAUGGCAGGAGUUCUUGCUGUCUCCAACUCAGCUUGGUGUUCCAAACUCUCGGCUGAGAUACUACUUGUUAGCUAAGCAGAAACCAGCUUCUUUCUGCUUUAAUUUGUCCAACAAGGUGCAGAACGAGUUUCCACUUUGCCUCUGUGUUAAAGAGGAGGAAAUGGUGACAAAUACAACAAGAUCUUGUCUUCAUUGUGGCAGACCAUUCUUGAAGUCUCUGCAUUGCCUACUACACAGGUUCCACAAUGCUUUGCAUCCAGGAUGCUUGCAUGUAGGAGGUUCAUAUUCCGAAUUUCUGCCAUCGCUUGCCAGCUAUCUUAAUGUUGAAAAUAACUUAGAAUCAUACUUCUUGAAGGAUAAGAUUUUAAACAAGUACCACAUGAUACUUGACAUUGUAGACAGUGACUCUCGGAGAUCUUGCUGUUUUACCAAAGGUUAUGCUUAUUAUGUUGAAGGAACUGGUUCUGUUAUACAGCACAAUACCAAAGUAAAAUUAUCUGAAAUUUACUCCAAAGUGCAAGAGCUAGAUGCAGAUAACCCACAUAAAAUACAAUUGCUUCAACAACUUCAGUUGCGUUAUUUUACUCCUGAGGAAGUGGCACAGCUGAUGUGCUUUCCCAAUUGGUUUAAGUUACCAGAGUCAAUUACAAACAAGCAAAAAUACAAAGUGUUAGGCAAUAGUAUAAAUAUACUGGUUGUGACAUCCCUUCUGCUAAUUUUAGCAGAAAGUUAAUAAAAGUACUGUACCUG